CCGACAUCCAGUUCAGAUGAUGAUUUGCAACAGAUGAAGCAAAGAAAGAAGUCAGGUGGCGGUACAGGCAGCCAGCAGACCAUUCUCCAUGAGGAGCAGUGGAAGAUGCCGGCUCUGCCAGCACUGCUGCUGUCGAUUUACGCCGUUGUUCUGCUGCUGACCCCGCCCUCCUUCAGUCAGACCAACGCUCUUUCUGCCGUGCGGAUGGCGGCCAUUUUGGAUGACCAGUCAGCGUGUGGUCGUGGUGAGCGACUGGCGCUGGCUCUGGCAAGGGAGAACAUCAACAGUCUGAUGGAGGGGCCCUCCCAGGCGAGAGUUGAGGUGGACGUUUACGAGCUGCAGAAGGACUCCCAGUAUGACACCACUGACACCAUGUGUCAGAUCCUGCCAAAGGGGGUGGUCUCAGUCAUUGGCCCCGCCUCCAGCCCUGCCUCCGGCUCCACCAUCAGUCACAUCUGUGGGGAAAAAGAGAUCCCUCAUCUGAAGAUCGGUCCAGAAGAAACCCCGAAGCUGCCAUACCUUCGCUUCGCCUCGGUGACGCUCUACCCAAGCAAUGAGGACCUGAGUCUGGCCAUUGCAUCCAUCCUACGCUCCUUCAGCUACCCGACCACCAGCCUCAUCUGUGCCAAAGCAGAGUGCCUGCUGCGAUUGGAGGAGCUGGUCCGUCGCUUCCUCAUCUCCAGGGAGACGUUGUCGGUGCGGAUGCUGGACGACAGUCUGGACCCCACCCCCCUCCUGAAGGAGAUCCGGGACGACAAAGUGGCCACCAUCAUCAUUGACGCCAACGCCUCCAUCUCUUACCACAUUCUGAGGAAGGCGAACGAGCUGGGGAUGACGUCAGCCUUCUACAAGUACAUCCUCACCACCAUGGACUUCCCUCUGCUCCGGCUGGAUGGCGUGGUGGGCGAUCAGUCCAACAUCGUGGGCUUCUCCAUGCUAAACAGCAGCCAUCCAUUCUACCUGGAGUUCAUCAGGAGCCUCAACCUGUCAUGGAGGGAGGGCUGCAAUAUCAGCCCGUACCCUGGACCAGCGCUGUCGUCGGCCUUGAUGUUCGAUGCAGUCCAUGUGGUGGUGAGUGCCGUGCGGGAGCUGAACCGACAGCCGCUGAGCUGCACCUCCCCGCUCAUCUGGCAGCAUGGAACCAGCCUCAUGAACUACCUGCGCAUGGUGGAAUACGAUGGUCUGACAGGUCACAUUGAGUUCAACAGCAAAGGUCAGAGGACCAAUUACACCCUGAAGAUCCUGGAGAAACACCCCGGGGGCCACAAAGAGAUUGGUACCUGGUACUCUAACAACACAUUAGCCAUGAACUCCUCUUCCCUGGACCUCAAUGCAUCAGUGACGCUGGCUAACAAGACGCUCAUUGUUACCACAAUACUGGAAAACCCGUACGUGAUGCGAAAGUCCAAUUACCAGGAUGCCCAGGGUAACGACCAGUACGAGGGUUUCUGCGUGGACAUGCUGCGGGAGCUGGCCGACAUCUUGAAGUUCUCCUUCAAGAUCAAGCUGGUGGACGACGGGCUGUACGGAGCUCCAGAGUCCAAUGGCAGCUGGACUGGCAUGGUGGGAGAGCUGAUCAACAGGAAAGCAGACCUGGCAGCAGCCGGCUUCACCAUCACCUCAGAGAGAGAGAAGGUUAUCGAUUUCUCCAAACCCUUCAUGACUCUGGGGAUCAGCAUCCUCUACCGAGUUCACCUGAGCCAUAAACCAGGCUACUUCUCCUUCCUGGACCCCUUCUCUCCGGCCGUCUGGCUCUUCAUGCUCCUGGCCUACCUGGCCGUCAGCUGCGUCCUCUUCCUCGCUGCCAGGCUCAGUCCCUACGAGUGGUACAACCCCCACCCAUGCCUGCGGGAGCGGCGGGACUUCCUGGAGAACCAGUACACAUUGGGGAACAGCCUGUGGUUCCCGGUGGGCGGCUUCAUGCAGCAGGGCUCAGAGAUCAUGCCUCGGGCGCUGUCCACCCGCUGCGUCAGCGGAGUCUGGUGGGCAUUCACCCUCAUCAUCAUCUCGUCCUACACGGCCAACCUGGCAGCUUUUCUCACCGUCCAGAGGAUGGAGGCUCCCAUCGAGUCUCCGGAUGAUCUGGCCGACCAAACCAACAUCCAGUACGGCACCAUCCACGGAGGGUCCACCAUGUCCUUCUUCAUAAACUCGCGGUACCAGACGUACCAGCGGAUGUGGAACUACAUGAACUCCAAACAGCCCAGUGUGUUUGUGAAAAGCACAGAGGAGGGCAUCGCCCGGGUCCUCAACUCUAAGUACGCCUUCCUGAUGGAGAGCACCAUGAACGAGUACUACCGUAGCCUCAACUGCAACCUCACGCAGAUCGGGGGCCUGCUGGACACCAAAGGAUACGGCAUUGGCAUGCCUCUGGGCUCUCCGUACAGAGAUGAGAUCAGUCUGGGGAUUCUGCAGCUGCAGGAGAGCAACCGGCUGGAGAUCCUGAAGAGACGCUGGUGGGAGGGAGGCCAGUGUCCCAAAGAGGAGGACCACCGAGCCAAAGGUCUCGGCAUGGAGAACAUUGGUGGGAUCUUUGUGGUCCUGAUCUGCGGCCUCAUCAUUGCUGUCUUCGUGGCCGUUAUGGAGUUUGUGUGGUCCACACGCCGCACCGCUGAGACGGACGAGGUAAAGCUCCCUCCUCCUCAUCUUCUUCCUCCCUCGUCCUCCUCCUCCCGCCCUGCCCCCGGCCUCAGCCUCAGCUCAGACUCCUCAGUGUCUGUCUGUCAGGAGAUGCUGACGGAGUUUCGCAACGCCGUCUCCUGUAAGAAGAGUUCCCGCUCUCGUCGCCGCCGCACUCUAAGCAGCACUGGGGGUGGAGUCCUGCGUCACCCAUCCCGCCUGGCUCUGACGGGACCUCGUCCCAUCCGUCUGGUCCGUGAGAUGCGUCUCAGCAAUGGCAAACUGUACAGCGGCGCCGGCCCUCUGACGGGUGGGCUGGCAGGGAUGUCGGGAGGUAUGGGUGGUGGCCCUGAUUUGGGCCCAGGGCCUCAGAGGCUCCUGGAGGACCCACUCUGCACCAGCACUGCCACCAAUACACCUCCUCCCCUUCCUUAAGCGUCGAUCAUGGUGGCUC